UUCCUAGUUUCAACUCCUGUCAUGUUUAACUCUUCAACCUUGUGUUUGACAGUUUGAGACCCACACCUCCAGACAAGAGCUCCAACCAGUAGUUGCCACAACAACCCACCACCCACGUCGCCGCCACCGUUUUGUCCAUCAUCGGCACCAAUUUUUGGGCUCAUUUACCAAUUGUUCUUAUUCACGAGUUAUUAUCCAUUGCAUGUUAUUCUGUGGACGUUUAGCUUCGUCGUUCAGCUGUUCAUAUCCUAAGCCAUGCCCCGACAUCGCACCUGACUUGGGAGAUGAAGAACAUUCAAGAUUUUGAAGCAAUAGGAUCUGGUAAAGUUGGAAAACAAAUUGUCGACAUCGAUCUGAGAUGGGUAACUCAAAUAAUGUCAUCGUAGAGACUAGAUGGGUCUGGUAGGGGGGUGAAGGUGAUAAAAAUGCCGCGAUCUCGUUGGUGACGGCGAGUUCAAUGGCGACGUCGAAGUUGGGAAUGAGAGGUCGGAUGGAACAGUGGGUUUAAACUGUGUUCCGGUGUUGUAUGCCCACGAUAUUAAAAGAAUGGGAUGCUGACGUGGCAGUCUCCCAUUGAAGGAUGUUAAAUGCAAGUUUUCCACCGCGUCCAUUCUGAAGAGGCUAUUGUCUUAAUUUUAGGUGCCACUUAAAUGAAAUGAAAAACUAAUCGGAAAUGGCCGAAACGCGAACCGCUCUCAGCAAAAUGGAAGCAGCAGAAUCAGAGCUGGUAUGGAACAGAGAAACAGUUCCAAAAGUCCUCAAAAUCGUGAGCACGAGACUGUCACAGAGAGAUCUCGUCUCUCUCCUUCUCGUCAGCCCAUGGCUUUACCGCUCUCUUGUCUCCUAUCCCUCUAUCUGGCUCAGUCUGGAUUUUUCUGAAAUGGGUAAUGCUGGAAAUCGGCUUGUAGCUGCUCUUUCACUGCCUAGAUAUUGUUAUGUGAAGCAGAUAAAGCUUGAAUUUGCGCAAGAUAUUGAAGACAAACAUCUCGAACUCCUUAAAAUCAAGUGUUUGGAUUCUCUUCAAAAUCUGGAGUGUCUGAAUCUGAAUGGCUGCCAAAAGAUAUCCGAUAAGGGAAUUGAAGCUAUAACCAAUGCUUGUCCUAUGCUAAAGGUCUUCUCUAUCUAUUGGAAUGUGAGGAUAACAGAUAUGGGAAUAAAGCAUCUGGUGAAGAACUGCAAAUAUGUAACUGAGUUAAACUUAAGUGGCUGUAAGAAUAUUUCGGACAAAAGCUUGCAAUUAGUUGCAGAGAAUUAUCCAAAAUUAGAGUUGUUGAACCUGACUAGGUGCACAAAGUUAACAGACCAUGGAUUGCAGCAGAUACUGCUUAAAUGCUCCUUUCUCCAGAGUCUAAACCUCUAUGCCCUUUCUGGCUUCACAGAUGAAGCUUACAAGAGUAUAUCAUUUCUGACCCAGCUUAAGUUCUUGGACCUCUGUGGUGCCCAGAAUCUAUUGGAUGAGGGACUUGCCUGUGUAGCUAAAUGCGUGAAUCUUGUAUGUCUUAAUUUGACAUGGUGUAUCCGAGUCACUGAUGUGGGAGUCAUAUGCAUUGCCCAGGGUUGCACCUCUCUCGAAUUUCUUAGCUUGUUUGGAAUAGUUGGAGUGACUGAUAAGUGUCUGGAGGCCCUCUCAAGGUCCUGCUCAAACACAAUUACAACCCUUGAUGUUAAUGGAUGUAUUGGCAUUAAGAGACGCAGUCGUGACGAAUUGCUUCAUUUGUUCCCCCAUCUGAAAUGCUUCAAAGUGCACAGCUAAUAGAUGGCGGGAGGAAAGUGGAAUUAACGGGACCAUCUUCUUGCAACCAAGGUAUUGUAUCUGCUUAGCUACCGUAUAGAGAUGGAGUCGCGAUGAAUUGCAUCAUUUGUUCCCCUAUCUGAAGUGCUUCAAGGUGCACGGCUAACAUAUGGAUUGUGGAGGGAGUAAGUUGAAAAUAACAGGACCAUCUUUUUGCAAACAGGGUAUUCUAUAUGCUUAGCUACCAUAUUCCUUGAAUGGUAAACAGCACUAUCGUAAAGAAUAAGAACGAUGUACCCAUAAAUGCUCUUUGCUUUGUGCUGUACCUGAUCUUCAUUUUAUCUUGAUGAGGUUCACUCUUUUAUUAUUUAGACUGACUUUGGACUCUCGAGUUGACAUUUCUAAUAAAAAAUUUUGUUUUCUUCC